AUGGGCUCAGCGGAUCAUCGACUGAACCUCGCAGAGAUCCUUUCACAGAACUAUGGUAUACGGGAGGAAAGGGAAGAAGAAGAUGAUACUCAGGAGAAGCAGAAAUCUUUAGAAGAGCUGGAGAAGGGUUUCAGUGCCUCUCAGAGCAGUGAAAUGCCAUUUGAGGAGCUGCUUGCACUUUAUGGCUAUGAGGCGUCAGAUCCCAUCUCGGAGCAGGACAGUGAGAGCAAUGACAUCACUCCAACUCUCCCAGAUAUGACUCUGGAUAAGGAACAAAUAGCGAAGGAUUUGCUUUCAGGGGAAGAAGAGGAGGAGACACAGUCUUCAGCUGAUGAUCUGACUCCAUCCGUCACAUCCCACGAUGCAUCGGACCUGUUCCCAAACCAGCCUGGUUCAAACAACUUCCUUGCUGAUGAAGACAAAGAGCCCUGUUCAUCUCCGUGUGCUUCCUCCAUGGCUGAGGAUUCAGAGGAGGAUUCCAUCCCACCCAACGAGUGUAAGAAGGAGAUCAUGGUUGGACCCCAGUACCAAGCCACUGUUCCCAUCCUCUACUUCAACAGGCACGGUGAGAAAGCCUACGAGAACGAGGACCAGCUGCUUUGGGACCCAAACGUACUGUCUGAGAGAGAGGUUGAAGAGUUCCUGUACCGUGCGGUGAAGCGGCGAUGGGACGAGCUCUCUAGCAGCAGCCUGCCAGAGGGAGAGGUGGUGAAGGACAACGAACAGGCUUUGUAUGAACUGGUUAAAUGCAACUUCAAUGCAGAAGAGGCACUGCGGAGGUUACGGUUCAAUGUGAAGGUUAUCAGAGAUGAGCUUUGUGCCUGGAGCGAGGAAGAAUGUAGAAAUUUUGAACAUGGCUUCAGGGUCCAUGGGAAGAACUUUCAUCUUAUCCAAGCGAACAAGGUCCGCACCCGGUCAGUGGGCGAGUGUGUGGAGUAUUACUACAUGUGGAAAAAAUCAGAACGCUAUGACUACUUCACUCAGCAGACUCGUUUAGGAAGGAAGAAGUACGUCUUCCACCCUGGAGCCACGGAUUACACUGACAACGACUUGGACGGGGGUGAAGUGGAAAACACCAGUCGUUCCCGGAGCUCCCCCCCCAUUCCCUCUGCAGCCAGCUGCCUGGAUCCUCCCUUCGCUCAGGAUCAGCUGGCAAUCGAGAGCGCAGAGCCCCUGAGCGUGGAGAGCACAGCCUGCAGCCUGGGCAGCAUGAGCGAGUCAGGGCAGGGCUACGAGUGCAGCACUCCUUCAGAGACAAAUUGUUCCUUCGACCCCACGGAGGAGACGUCCUCAGGUGCCCUCUCGGCUUCCUGCACGCGACACACUGUCACCCCCUUGGAAACAGGGCUCUAUGCUUUGCCGCCGGCAGGACCAGGACUAGCAGAGAAGCAGGAGACGUUGCAGAGCUCUGGUGAGACGAUAACCAUGGACUUCACUCUUCCUGCAGACAUUAACGAGGGCUUGCCUCUAAUUGCUGGCCCUGUGGAUCUGGACAGAGACCCAGAGGCAGUGGUGGCCCCUGCGCAAGUGUCCUUAUCGGUCACAGAUUUUGGCCUCAUUGGCAUUGGAGAUGUAAAUAGUUUUCUGACUGCUCACCAGGCUUGCCCAGCGCCUGUGGCUCGGUCGGAGCCUUUGUCACAGUGA